AUGGACGACGACGGAGAGGAGGCUUGGGCGGACUUUGAGAGGACGCGUGCGGAUGCGCGGGAACAGAUGCGUGAGGAACGCAGGCGGGCAGCGGAACGUGAGCGUGCGGAGGCCCAGCGAAGGACACGAAAAGAGGCGCGGCGCGAGAGAGAGCCGCAGACAGAGGCCGCCAGGGCACAGACCGCUGCGGCGAAGGUAAAGAAGACAUCCAGGUUGGACAUCGCGCCCAUCAUCAUGCCCACCCGUCAGGAGUACGAGGCCACCAAAAGGCGGCUCGAUUACCGGGAGGGGUACAUCCAUUUCGCCGUCGCUGGGACGUCCGGCAGCGGCAAAUCAUCGCUGAUCAACGCCUUCCGCGGCCUUAACAACGGCUCAGACGACCCGACCGUAGCCUCUACCGGCGUGACCGAGACCACCGAGCGUAUUACUCGCUAUCCCGACCCGAACGAAGCGAAUCCCUUUGUUUGGUACGACAUCCCUGGCGCCGGCACGUUGAGCGUGCCCGACUGGAAGUACUUCAACAACCAGGGCCUGUACAUAUUCGACGCGAUCAUCGUCCUGAUGGACGCUCGCUUCACUGCGAUAGACAUCGCGAUCCUGCAAAAUUGCGCGCGCUUCAAGAUCCCCUCGUACAUCGUGCGCUCCAAGUCCUUGACGCAUAUCGAGAACGUAUCGAGAGACAUGCGGCGCACGAGGCACUCCGAGGUGCAUUACGAGCACGCACGCGACAAGUAUAUGAUGGAGACACGGAAGAGCGUCAGUACAAAUCUGCCAAAGGCCGGGCUGCCGCCUCAAGCAGUUUACAUGGUCGACACCGAAACUCUUUUGGACAUCACAGAGGGAAAAGUCCCAAAAAAGGACAUUGAUGAAAUACGGCUAGUUGAGGACAUCUUGCUAGAGGCUAGGAACAGGAGGGUGGAUAUGGCGUUACCGUUAACAGUUUCAUUGUGA